AUGAAUCAUGUUGAAAAUGAUGUAGUGGUAUAUAGUUCAUCAGAAGAGUGUAAGGUUUACAAUACCUUCGAGGAAAUGGGCCUGAAGGAUAAUUUGCUUAGGGGAAUAUAUAGCUAUGGUUUUGAGUUUCCUUCAGCAAUUCAAAGACGAGCAAUAGUUCCAAUAGUACAGGGUAGAGAUACAAUAAUUCAAUCCCAAAGUGGUACAGGAAAGACCUGCGUUUUUUCUGUGGGUGCUUUGGAGAUUUGCUCAAAGAGUAAAGAAAAUGUUCCAACGGUUUUGAUUCUAUCUCCAACAAGAGAGUUGGCAGAACAAACUGAGAAAGUAUGUGCCUCAAUUGGAGAUUAUCUAGAUAUUAAGGCUUACUCUUGCAUUGGAGGGAAAAAGCUAAAAGAUGAUAUUAAAGCACUUAGUAGUGGUGUUUCGAUCAUUUCAGGCACUCCUGGGAGAGUAUUACAAAUGAUAGAGCAAGGACAUCUAGCUACAAAAAAAAUUAAGCUUCUAAUUAUUGAUGAAGCAGAUGAAAUGUUUGAUUAUGGAUUCAAGAUUCAGGUAUAUGAUAUCUACAAGUACCUCCCUCCGAGAAUUCAGACGGUUCUGGUUUCUGCAACUCUUCCUGAUGAAAUUUUGGACAUGGCUCGAAAAUUUAUGAGAAAUCCACUCCAGAUAUUGGUUCCCAAGGAAGAAGUUUCUUUAGACAAAAUUAGGCAGUACUAUGUCCAAGUAGAGGAGGAAAAGUGGAAAUUUGAAACUUUAUGCGAUUUAUAUGAUACUUUGACUGUUACUCAAUCUAUUAUUUUUUGUAACACAAGGAAUAAAGUAGAAUGGCUUAGUAAAAGAAUGAUGGAGAAUCAUUUCACGGUAUCUUUUGUGCAUGGAGAACUUCCACAAAUUACUAGAGAAGAAAUCUUGAGAGAAUUUAGAGAAGGAAAAACUCGGGUUUUAAUAACAACAGAUUUAUGGGGAAGAGGGAUUGAUGUGCAACAAGUUAAUUUGGUCGUUAAUUACGACCUACCUACUAAUAAAGAAUUAUAUAUUCAUAGAAUUGGAAGAAGCGGUAGAUUUGGAAGAUCCGGAAUUGCUAUAAACCUGAUUACUAUUGAAGAUGAAAGUAUGCUUUCUUUAAUAGAACGUUUUUAUUCCAUAAGAAUUUCAAAGUUACCGGGAAAUGUCAAAGACCUGUUAUGA